GGGGGGGUGGGGGGGGGUGGAGGAAUGCUUCGGAUGGAUGCUGAGGACUUUGCUUGUGGACUUUUCACCACUUGUGGUGCGUGGCAGAGCCGCAGAGAGAGCGGGGGGAACCGCUCUCGAUGGAUGCUGAUGCGCUGGGAUCUUUCUCCACUUCUAGCACAGAGGCCAUCUCAAUACCGACAAUUCUUGGGAUCAGACGAAUAAAUGAUCGAAAUCCAAAUAGGGUCAAAGAGUACUUACUGGAAAACCCCAUUGUGAUUGUUUUGUAUCAAAUCGUGUCCACCCGAUGGGCGUAGAUGGAGCGGUUGGAGCUGGCGAAGCCUCGGGACGAUCUGCGCUCAUCUCCUUCUUCCCCAGCGCUCAUGGCGGGAAAUCCUCUGGAGAGUCUCAUGUCGGUGACCGCGAGCCACCGACCGGCAGAACCUGAGACCCAGCGAGCCUCGGCCAGCAGAAGCUCAGCGUGCCCGCAAAGGCGCACGCGCGGCAUUCGCAGCAACCCCGGCUUGUGCUAUCUGGCGCCAUCUGCUUGCGGGCCCAGAUCAAACGCGAGCGAUCCGACGCUCGCCAUCGGCGCAGCGCGCGGCCAUCACUCCCCGGAAAACGCGGCGCGAGAGAGAAGCCGCGUACGCAACCUGCGUCAGGCCUUCCACAGCCUGCAGGCCGCUCUGCCCUCAGUCCCUCGUGACACCAAGUUGUCCAAGCUGGAUGUUCUGGUUCUGGCAACCAACUACAUAGCUUACCUGACACAGACCUUGGACCAGGGAAGAACUCUGGCCGAGCACACCUUGACGCCGAGACCGGGUGGAUACCUACACCCAGUUAAGAAAUGGCCAAUGCGCUCCCUGCUCUACUGCGGCAGCGUGGGGGAAGUGCUCUCGGGAGUUCCGGCCAAUCAGAGGCCUCCGUCUGGACAGGACGCAGUGCACCUGCUCGACCGGACGAUGGAAGGAGACGAGUGUUAGCGAAUUACGGGACACUCUUCGGAAAGUCAAAUCUCCUGCUCUUUAAAAACUUUGUGGAAAACGUCAUCGGGUCAAGGCGAGAUGAAAAAGGUGCUUUCUUUCCAACAUAGGAACAUGGCCGACGUCAUCACGUGACGGGAAGUGCUGCUGACAUGUCUAGCGUGCAACUAUUCUUUUUUCCGAAGAUGUGAGCGACCGGUUAGCACAUCUGCCUCACAGUUCUGAGGACCGGGGUUCAAAUCCCGGCCCCGCCUGCGUGGGUUUUUUCUCCACGUACUCCGGUUUCCUCCCCCAUCCCCAAAAGAUGCACGCUAGGCUAAUUGAAGAUGCUAAAUUGCCCAUAGGUGCGAAUGUGAGUGCGAAUGGUCGGCGACCAGCUCAGGGCGUGCUGGGAUGAGCUCAAAGCAACGUGAGGAGAAACGGUACAGAUCUUAAAUAUUUUUUUUUUGGGGGGGGGGGGGGAUUCAAACAUCGUUUCCUCCAAGUACCUCUGGGCCAUCUCGCUCUACAGGAAACGAAAGCAAAGCUUCGAAGCGAAAAGCAGAAUCCCGCAGUCAAAGUCCACAUUUGCGAGCGGCCUUUUCUUGCAGACAACCUCAGGCACAUCUGUGCACUGCUCGUGCUGUCUGAUCAACAUUUUUGAAGUGCCACACAAAUGGAAGACAUAAUCAGUGGCUUGAUCUUAAGACAAUAACUAACAUAUUUUGUUGUGAAACCUCCUGUAUUAAAGCUUAAAGUAUAAGUGAAUGAAUCCAUCCAUCCAUUUUCUUCCACUUAUCCGAGGUCGGGCAGUAGCUUCAGCAGGGAAGUUUAGACUUCCCUCUCCCCAGCCGCUUCCAUCCAGCUCCGAGGCGUUCCCAGGCCAGCCGGGAGACGUAAUUUCUCCAGCGUGUCCUGGGUCGUCCCCGGGGUCUCCUCCGGGGGGAGAGACGUCCAGGAGGCAUCCGAAUCCGAUGCCCCAGCCACCUCAUCCUCAUCUGGCUCCUCUCAACUAUUUACUGUUUUACUAUGUCAAAAGCUAGUGGUGAACUUUUGCUUCCAUAAUUCAUAGGGACGGACGAGGACCAAUGCCAGGUAUCGGACUUAUUUCAAUGUCUCGGGUAUUCGUUACUUUUUUUUUUUUUUUUAUCAUAUAUACUAUGUUAUAACUCUCUAC